AUGAAAACUUUUUUCAAACCAUCACUCACGGUAUAUUUUAGAAAUUAACAUUUAGAUUGGUAUUAUUACAGCUACUACUAUUGUAAGGACUCAAUUUGCUAUUCUAACACAAUUUAUGGAGGUUAUCACUAUUUUGGCUAUUAUUCAUUAAUAUUAAAAACAUUUAUGCUCCAACCACAUUAUAAACUAAGAAUAAAAUUUAGAUUCUGGAGGUUCAUUAUAAUUCAAUUUGAAUUGUAGAUUGUAUUAUGAUAUAUUUAUAGAAUUGACUAUUGGGAUGGACAUCGAUUUGUAGUUUAUGUAGAUAACAUUUAAAAGCAUAAUUAAAUUAUAUUAUAACUCCUCAGGUUUAUAUAAUUAUUGCGGAGACUCUUAUUAUAAUGACAAUACUUUUAUACUGGAUUUAAAUACUUAUCAUUAAAGCCCAACUGCCACAAUAUUAAUAUGGGGUUAACAAUGGUGGGGAAUUUCAGAAUUUUAAUUAUUCAUAGAAAAAUGUCCUGAUGGUUGUGAUUCUUGUGAUUAGAAUGGAUGCUUUAAUUAAAUAUUAUAUGCUUAAUUUUUUACUGCUAAAUCCUUCACCUAAGUUGACUUUAAUGAAGGAUGGCUAUCUAGUGAUUAUUAGAUGUAUAAUUCUCUUUUUAAUAGUGCAGGUAUUUUAACAAUUUAUACUAGAUUACACAAAUCAUAAAUUUGUAUCAUUGUCUUCGACUAAAACAAUAGAUCUAGCGGCUCAUAAUGCAGUUAGUGUAUCCCUGAAAAUAAUAACAGUCAAUUUAUAUCACAAAUUUAGCAUAUUAAUUGAUGAUUAGUUAGUAGUUGUUUCAAAUCUUAAUCGUUAAGUACUAUAUUAUAGUAAUUCUGACUGUUAGUAUUUGAUCAUAAGUUAUAUUUAUAUCUAUUAAUAUCCGCAUAAACAUAAUUCAAUUACUUUAAAAUUUAAUUGAAAGGUUGGUCUUAUUAUACUUCAGAUUACUCUAGAUAUUUUGGAAUUAGAGAUUUUUAAUUAUUUAUAAGACCAAUUUUAAAUGGCGAUUAUUGCUAUGAUAAUAAUAUCUAUCCUUUUGAUGGAUGUUUUGCUGAGAUUUAUGAAUGUGUUGAAGGUUGUGCAAAUUGUGUAAGAAGUGCAUGUUUUGAAUGUUAAGAAGGAUGGCAAUAUUAUGAAUAUACUAAGAAUUGUUUACCAAUAUGCGGAGAUUCUAUCAUAACUUAUUUGAAGAAUGUGAUGACGGUAACACAUAUCCAUAUGAUGGGUGUUAUUAAUGUAAACACUCCUGUUAGUAAGAUUGUAUAUUGAAUUAAUUUGGUAAUUGUUUGAAAUGGAAAACUUCAUACUAAGAUCUUGAGAAUAGUACUUAAAGUAAGAAUUUGAAAUUCAACCUACCGAUUACAUAGACCGAUCUAAAUCACAUUUAGUGUUAAGAUUUUUAUGAUUCCUUAGAAUGCCAUGAGUAUGUAAAUGAGUUGGAGUUGUUAUUUCUAAGUUGUGAUUCCUAAUAUAUGAUGAAUGAAAAGAAAAAAUUAGUUGGUUAAAAGAAAUGUGGAGAUUUGAUUACCACAUGUGAUGAGGAGUGUGAUGAUGGUAAUAAAGUAGAGCAUUAUGGUUGUCACCUGUGUAAAUAUUCAUGUCCAUUGAAUUGCAGCGAAUGUUAAUUUGGAAAAUGCAAAUAAUGUUUACCAAAGUACGAACUAAUAUAUGGAUAAUGUAAAUAUAUUUGUGAUGGUUCUGAGAGUUAGGAAGAUUAAGAAUAUAUAAGUUGUUAUAAUAGAAUAACUAAUUUGAUUGAGAAUGGUCAUUACUAACAUAAUCUCUUUAAUAAUUAAAUUCUAAAUAUCAAUUGA